CCCAAGCAUAUUGCUACCAGAGCUGUGUGACAGGCGGUGGUGUGGCAGCACACUCCUCAGCGGCGUGUAGUAUGUAGAACUCGCUUUCUCCCAGAACGUACUUUUACAAUUGCAUCAAAAGGCGACGGUUUGAACAUUAGAGAAACAGAAAGAGAUGAAAACCCGCUGGACUUUGUAGUAUGAAAACGAUGUGGUUAAAUCUAUUAGCCGUAAAGUGAAGGACACAUGUCCUGUUAGUGUGAAUGGUCUGACAGUAUACCUCAGUAAACGGUAAGUACGUGAUAUACCUGCGAAGCUUGAGAAACAGGUACACUGAUACAAGACUCCUUAAUCCAUAGUGGUGCCAUGUAGUUCAUUUUUAACUCUUGUAAAAUACUUAAUAGUACAGCACAGAAUGCCUCACAUCCUUGUUGAGAAACUGGUAAAUUUACAAACAUUUAUGUGCACCGUUAUUAUAUCAGAUGUACAUCGUGCCAUUACCAUUCCAUUGGUAGAAUGUUGACCGUGUUCACUUAAUUCUUGUUAAAGCUAACCCAGGCAAAAUAACAUUUAAAUAAAGCAUGUUCAUCUAUGAAGUUUCAUGUGCAAAUCACCAGGUUGCACAGAAGCUGUAGUGAGUUUUCACUAGAUCAGUACAUUUUUCAGGCAGCAAUGUUCAUUUAUCAUUCUAUUUAGCAUUGCUGAGUUUAUCACGUAGGUGAACAAAGCUUUGCAGCAGAUUUGUUUGGAAAGCCAGCAGCUGAAAUACAAUUUAUAGAAACCUAAGUUAUGAUGUACAGCAGUAGUGUGAGUGGGGACCAGAAAUGGAGGGUUUGUACUGUCUUUUUGAGGGGUAAAGUAUGUGUGCCAGGUACCACUUUUACUGAGCAAGAUAAAGCUGUACGAUUAAAGGGAGGUUGUAAUUGAACAUGACACUUUCAAAUAGAUAAUUGUUUAUUUUUCAGAACUCUAUGAAGAAUAUGGAAAGUGACAUCCACAAGGGUAAGAGAGGGAAAGUGUGUGUGUGUGUGUGUGUGUGUGUGUAUAUGUGUAUAUGUGUGUGUAUAUAUAUAUAUAUAUAUAUAUAUAUAUAAUAUUAUUAUUUUUUUGGGGGGGGAGAACACGUUAUCCUUUUGGGAUUUGAAGCCUGUAAAUUAGAUCAUUGGCCUAUUAAGGUUCUUGCCAGAUAGUUCAUCAUAUUCCUGGUGCAGUGUUUCCCUUGUCUACACGGCUCCCUCACAGUACCUUAAAUAAUGGCUGGUAUUAACUACACCUGUUAAUGUGGUGAAUGAGAACAUAAAAAUGUGUUGAUUUGCUGAUUCAGUGUUAAUAUAACCCAUACAUAUUCAGAGCACAAUGUAAAUAUUUUAUGUCUGCAAGGUCACGUUCAUUAGUUCUCCUCUCCAUAAUUUAAUGAAUAAACACCAGUGUUUCAUAAACUGUUUAUAAAGAAUAUGGAUGCACGACAUAAUCUUUGGCUUUUAUUCUGUUAGGCAAAGUGACUUGUUUUCAAUAUCCUUUGGCAGUACUGGCAAACUUAUUCAAAAUUGCUGAUAUCUAUUCAAACCUCUUACUGAACGGUUGGUGGUGUCACCUGUGCAUUACUUUUCAUAUUGUUUAGUUUGACUGUUAAAAUGCAAUGUGGGGGCCCUUAAACUCGGGCAGCACCAAGAUAUACAUACACCCCAAUGAUUAGUGAUGGUUACACUUCCAAGUAACAGCUGCUUCCAUUUUUAUUCAACUAUCUCCCAAAGCACUUCUGUAUCCCCAUUCAAUUUCCUGACAUGUCAUUAUUGGGGUAGAGAGAAUAUAUGUCAGCACCUGCAAUUGUUGUGUAACCAGGGCUGGAUUAACAUGGGGGCUGAUGGAGCUGCAGCCCCAUGCGCAUGCCCAUGGAAUAGGCCCAUUGAUCUAAAAAAAAUACACACUACUCUUCACAUACCCUUGCUUAAGUAUGGAAACUUAAGAGGGAUGUAUGGGAACAAAACUUGUGUGAACUGACUGAUCAUGAAAUUAGUUAGGGUAAUGCUGACCUUGGUCUCUCUAACACCGUGGCAUGUCCCGUUUCUUCUACACUCACUACAUACACAUUUUCUCUGUCUCAGACUAUUUAACAGGAGUUUCUGCCUGCUAGUAAGAAGGUUAGGUGAAAAGUAGACAUGUGAGUGCUAGGGGACUAUACUUCGAAAGCGUGGAGCGAGAACAUCAUUAGACGCAUUUAUGCCAGGCUCAGGGUGCUGUCUGUAUAGUAUGCCCUUAGUUGUCCAGCCUGCAUGGCUGGCAUGCAACCGAACAUGCAUUCAUGCCAGGCUGGCCUUCUAAUUCUUUGGGCAUGUUUGCCCCCUUUCGGCAGUUCUGGUUACAUGAUUUGCGUCAGUGGCACACCCUUUUACUCUGCCUAUUGACUUCCCGCUUCACUGGUCACUGCUGUUAGGGGGUAUGGAUUUACUUGAAAGAGGAAAUUAGAGAGAGAUUAGCAUAGGGUAUGUUAAUUAUUUAUUUUAUUAUAUAUAGCUGCAUCCUAUGAGUUUCCCUCUAGUACCAUCUGUAUCAGAUACAUGACUCUUGGGAGGUAUGACUGUUUUAGGGUUUUUGGUCGAUAAGAUUCUGUAAUUACGCACCUUCAUAAUUGUCAGCACCAGGCCCACUGCGCUCUUAAUUUGGCCUUGAGUGCAACUCUCCCUGUUCUUUGGUAAGUAGGUUGCCAUAAGUUUAGAAGAAUCCUAAGUCUACUGUGUGUCUAUAUAUAAACUAUGCAUAAUAGCGAGUUGCAUAUGUAAGAAUCCUAACUCUAGUCUACAGGUGAUACUCCAAAAAUUAGAAUAUCGUGCAAAAGUUCAUUUAUUUCAGUAAUGCAACGUAAAAGGGGAAACUAAUAUAUGAGACGCAUUACAUGCAAAGCAAGAUAGUUCAAGCCGUGAUUUGUAAUAAGUGCGAUGAUUAUGGCUUGCAGCUCAUGAAAACCCCAAAUUCACAAUCUCAGUAAAUUAGAAUAUUACAUGCAAUCAAUAAAACAAGGAGGAUAUAUAGAUCAAUAUCGGACCUCUGAAAAGUAUACGCAUGCAUAUGGACUCAGGACUUUGCUUGGGCCCCUUUUGCAGCAAUUACUGCCUCAAUGCAGCGUGGCAUGGAAGCUAGCAGCCUGUGGCACUGCUGAGGUGUUAUGGAAGACCAGGAUGCUUCAAUAGCGGCCUUCAGCUCUUCUGCAUUGUUCGGUCUCAUCUUUCUCUUGGCAAUGCCCCAUAGAUUCAGCACCCCAUGGGGUUCAGGUCAGGCGAGUUUGCUGGUGUCAAGGUUAGGUUCCCCAACACGCUAACUAUAGGACUAACAGGCAACCCAAGCUAGACGUAUUACCGGUCCUUAAAGUGACCGGACUUAAUGUGAAGAAAAGUAAGGAGAGUAACAGAAUAAUCAGACGAGCCAAGGUCAGGGCAGGGGAAGGAAGACCAAACGAGAAACUAAGCCAAGGGUCAAGGAAGCCAGAAAAUACAGAUAACCAGAGACAAGCCGAAGUCAGAUACCAGGAAACACACAAGUAUACAGAACGCACUCUCGGGCUACAAUAGACCACGACAGGGCAAGAAAGUGAUGUAGGAGGGAGGUAUAAAUAGGGCUAAGAGAGAUCUGAUAGGCUAGAGAAGAGAAUAGGAGAGAUUAUAAAAGGGUUACCAGGAUUCAUGAAAUUAUGGUAGUAUCGCUUUAAGAGCUCAGCGGCAAGCCGAGCGCGCAUGUGCGCGUCACUGGUUGCACGCACCUAGGCACGUGUGGAAGCUGGAAGCCAUCAGAUCCUGGAGGAGCAGAGCAGAUGGCGGGACCGGAGCAGCGUGGGCCGCGAGGAGGUAUGACAGCUGCCUAGUCAAGCACAGUAAUCCCACGGUCAUUGAACCAGGCUUUGGUGCUUUUGGCAGUGUGGGCAGGUGCCAAGUCCUGCUGGAAAAUGAAGUCCGCAUCCCCAUAAAGCUCGUCUGAGGAAGGAAGCAUGAAGUGCUUCAAAAUCUUCUGGUAGACGGCUGUGUUGACCCUGUACUUAAUGAAGCACAGUGGACCAACACCAGCAGAUGACAUGACUCCCCAAAUAAACACACUGUGGAAACUUCACACUGGACUUCAAGCAUCUUGCAGUGUGCGCCUCUCCAUUCUUUCUCCAGACUCUGGGUCCUUGGUUUCCAAAUGAGAUGCAAAGUUGCUCUCAUCAGAAAAGAGGACUUUGGACCACUGAGCAACAGACCAGGUCUGUUUUUCUUUAGCCCAGGUAAGACGCUUCUGACAUUGUUUGUUGUUCAGGAGUGGCUUGACAAGAGGAAUACAACAUCUGAAGCCCAUGUCCAGGAUCCGUCUGUGUGUGGUGGCUCUUGAUGCAGACUCCAACCUCAGUCCAUUCCUUGUGAAAGUCCCCAACACUUUUGAAUGGCCUUUUCCUGACAAUCCUCCCCCUGCUGCUUGUGCACCUUUUUCUUCCACACUUUUCCCUUCCACAUAACUUUCUAUUAAUGUGCUUUGAUACAGCACUUUGGGAACAUCCAGCUUCCUUCGCAAUAACCUUUUGAGGCUUUCCCUCCUUAUGGAGGGUGUCAAUGAUGGUUUUCUUCUCAACUGUCAGGUCAGCAGUCUUCCCCACGAUUGUGAUUCCUACUGAACCAGACUGAGAGACCAUUUAAAGGCUCAGAACACCUUUGCAGGUGUAAUGGCUGAUUAGAGUGGGACACUGUGAGCUAGAAUAUUGUACCUUUUCACAAUGUUCUAAUUUACUGAAAUUGUGGAUUUUGGGUUUUCAUGAGCUGUAAACCAUAAUCAUUGCACUUAUGACAAAUCAAGGCUUGAACUAUCUUGCUUUGCAUGUAAUGCGUCUAUCUCAUAUAUUAGUUUACCCUUUUACGUUGCAUUACUGAAAUAAAUGAACUUUUGCAUGAUAUUCAAAUUUUUUAGUAUCACCUGUGCGUGUGUGUGUGUAUAUAAACAUAAAAUAUGCAUAAUAGUGAAUUGCAUUUGUAAUGUUUGGAAUUUUAAUACGUAUACUAGCUGUUUCCUCUCUCUCUCUCUCUCUCUCUCUCUCUCUCAGGUCAAUGUCAGGAGCCAUUUCUUCAGUCAGGUCUGGCCAUCACCGCUGCAGCAUGUUGGAAUGUGCUCAAAUUUCGUCGCUUUAUUUAUUUCCCUCAAGUACUAGAAUUUUUAGAAUGUGUUUACAGAACAGCACCAGAUUUACUUCAUUAUCGACACUUUGCCAAACUGGCCCUUGGCCUGCGUGCUACGGUGUGUACAGCACUAAAUAUAGUAUGUGUAUAUAUUAUUAAAAAAAAUUUAAUGAUUUGAUGUACAUAGAAUAGGGAAAUUAUGUUAAUUUUAGUGGAGGCAAAGCAUGUUUUUGAAUGUAGUAUGUAUGUAAUACAAAUAUAUCAUAACCCCAAUAAUAGCAAUAUAUUAUAAGCAGGAUUAUUUACUAAAGCAUGAACUUUUGGGAACUGAAAGAUAAUUUGCAAUACGAAGUCAAAAUAAGCAAACUGGAAAAAGUCAGUUUAAAAAUACAAACUUUAGGCCAAACUGUUUUCAGUUAAAAUUUGAUAUUUACUUUAAAAGGACACUGUAGGCACCCAGACCACUUCAGCUCAUUGAAGUGGUCUGGGUGCUGUGUCCCUUUGCACUUAGAGCUGCAAUGUAAAACAUUGCAGUUCCAGAGUACUACAAUGUUUACAUUGCAGCUCUAAGUCUGCCCUCUGUGGCUGUCUAACAAACAGCCACUGGGGGCGCUUCCAGAUUCGUAACAGACUUUUCGCCCAUUAUUUGACGCUGGACGUCCUCAUGGACCUCCAGUGUCAGAUUUUCUCUAUUGAAUAACGCUUUCCAAUGGGGAGGUCUAAUGCGCGAGCGGCUAUUUCCGCAAAUGCGCACUAGGUCUCCCCCGCCGGCUGACGUAGGCAAGGGAGGCGUGUGGGCAGAGCCUGACCCAACGCCGAGGGACACCGGCGCUGGAUUCAGGUAAGUAGCUGAAGGGGUUUUAACCCCUAUAGCGACAUGGCAUGGGGGCACUCCAGGAUUCUCUAGUGCCAGGGAAAUGGGUUUGUUUUCCUGGCUCUGGAAAAUCCCUUUAUUAUCCAAAAAUUCACACUUUAGAAUCAAGAGUUGUCUCUGCAAUGUCCAGUAGUGAAUAGAUUUGUUUCUCUGCAUAUUUAAUACAUCCAUCUGUUUUUCUUUCUUCUUACAGAUUAUAUUAGAUGUCAUUGCCAGAGAUGGCACCAAUAAAGAAACAUGGAGGAUGUUUCAGCAAUUAUUUUCAAAUUCUCCGUUAGAAGCUGCGCCACAUGUGGUGAGAUCACAAAGUUAUUGUUUAUCAUUUUAGCUAAAUUACCAUAAUACAUUUGCCUUUAGGAACAGAUUGUAAAACACCAGUAAAUGAAAAAGCUGCUAGUAUCUUAAAUGCAGUAAAAAAAAAUGUGCAGAAAGACAAAACUACAUCGGUUGAAUUUAUUAAUAACAAUUAGUACUACUUAAAAAGCAAAAUAUUUUUGGCUCUUUUAUAAAUGACUUAUAUUUGUCUCUCAUUCCGUACAAGCAAAAUCUCAAUGUAUUCUUUCCAGUAAAAUAGUAAAUUAUAAAAGGGGAAAAAAAGCUCCAAUCAAAUUUACGCAACUGUCUUAACCUCUAAAAUGUAGACUUUCACAGUAAAAUAUCAGAAAUGUUAUACAAAGGACCACUAAAGGCACCCAGACCACUUUAUCUCAAUGUAGUGGCCCUGUAAUUUUAACCCUUCAAUGUAGAACAAUGCAGUUAUGUAGAAACAUUGGAUUGGCGAAAAAUCCAGAUGACGCAUGGGCAGUAGCACUGAGAGAGGCAAGGGGAGAAAAACAACUAAUAAGCAACUGGGACACUAUAGUCUAAGGAACAAACUGUAGUGUUACUGUAAAGAGAAUCAACAGUCAAAAAUUGACCUCCUGUUUUUUUUUUUUUGUUUUUUUUUUGGGGGGGGUUGUCUAGACACCAUAGUUACAACAACUGUUGUAGUGCUUAUAUGGUGUCAGGAGUAACAUGGAGCCCUCCCGAUGGAAAUUAGUCAUACCAUUUUUGAAUGACUUGAUGUUUGUAUGGGACCCCUGGACACCUCUAUUCUUGCCCCCUCUUCAUGUAUCACACUACUGGACAUUACUAUUUCCACAUUAUCUCAACUCCUUCUAUUUUUGGACAGAAUUCAUUGUCUGGGAGUAUCAAUUGACAACCCCACCCAGUGAAUGUUGUCUAAAUAUGGAGGAAAUUAACAUAUCUAAUGCGGCAGUGGAACAUUAGGUAUAUAUGAGGAGGGGACUGGACCAGAAGUGGUAAGCAUCAGGCUGUUUGAAAAUGGUUUGACUACUUACUAUGGAAAGGCACCAGGGGACUGCUGGCAACACAACCACUACAGUAAAGCCAUUUGAUGCAUUCAUAUAAGUGAUGCAUUUAAAGCUAUGCAAACAAAUUAAGGAAAAUAAAAUGAUUCUGUCCAUGUUCUGUUAUUGCACAAAUAAGAGAGAGGCUCCACCAGUCAGGACUCUUUCAUUCUGUUCAGCUGAGUCUGAUCUCAUUCCAUAUAUCCCUGCAAGCAGCAGUUUAUGUCUAAGUAUAUUCCUCACCCGCCAUUUAUAAUGUGGCACAUACAUGGCUAAUAGCUUGUGUAAUUGUUGCACAACAUGAACCAGGCCGUAGCAUUAGCUCAGUUGAAGCUCUCUUUCUAUUGGCUUAUGCAUGCAAUGCGCACAAACUGCAUACACAAGUUUAACAAGUUGAAAAAUGCAAAGUUAUGCACUUCGGCGUAAAGAAUACACAAGCAACGUAUACCCUUAAUGGAAGCGAAUUAGGGAUAACAAUACAUGAAAAGGACUUGGGAAUUGUUAUAGACAACAAACUAUGCAGCAAUGUCAAUCAGCAGUGGCCAAGGCCAGUAAGGUAUUGUCAUGCAUGAAAAAGGGCAUUCAUUCUCGGGACAAGAAUAUAAUUUUGCCUCUUUAUAAAUCACUGGUAAGACCCCAUAUUGAAUAUGCUGUGCAAUUUUGGGCACCUGUUCUAAAGAAGGAUAUAAUGGCACUUGAAAAAGUGCAGAGGCGGGCUACAAAAUUAAUAAAAGGAAUGGAACAUAUCGGCUAUGAAGAACGGUUAACAAAUUUAAACCUAUUUAGUUUAGUAAAACGUCGCCUGAGAGGGAAUAUGAUAACAUUAUACAAAUAUAUUCGGGGCCAAUACAAACCAUUGUGUGGAAAUCUAUUCACAAACCGGACUUUACAUAGGACACGAGGCCAUGAGUUUAGACUGGAAGAAAGAAGAUUUCGUCUAAGGCAAAGGAAAGGGUUUUUUUACUGUAAGAACAAUCAGGAUGUGGAAUUCUCUGCCUGAGGAAGUGGUUUUAUCAGAGUCCAUACAGAUGUUCAAACGGCUACUAGAUGCAUACUUGCAAGAACAGAAUAUUCAAGGAUAUAAUCUUUCAAUGUAGGGUAAUAACUGCUUGAUCCAAGGAUAAAUCUGACUGCCAUUCUGGGGUCAAGAAGGAAUUUUUUUCCUAGCUUGUUGCAAAAUUGUGCUUCAAACUGGGUUUUUUUGCCUUCUUUUGGAUCAACAGCAAAAAACAGAUGUGAGGUAGGCUGAACUUGAUGGACGCAAGUCUCUUUUCAGCUAUGUAAUUAUGUAAUUAUGUAACUAUGUAACGAAAUUGACACAGCAGGAGGAAGCUAAAACUCUUCUUUUGGUAUGUUAAAGCCAGGGGAACUAUCUUAUAGACUUAGCAUUUUUACAUAUUUGCAUUUAUAAUACACUCACAUUAUUGAGAUAUCCAACAUUGUUUUGUUGCAUAAAGUGAUCUUUUAAGCACUACCAAGGACGUCCUUUUUCUCCUUUUAAAGGGAACCUGCCAUGCACUAAAAAUGUAUGCUCAUUAGAAUUUUUUUUAUCUUGCUAGCAAACUUAUAGAUUAGGAGAAAAACCUAUUUUAAAAAAAAUGCUUUUUCUCCCAGCUGUCAGUCAAUGCCUUGUGGUUCCCAGGCAUUCGCUGUCAAGGGAGAGCAGAACUGAUUUCCCACAGGAGAUCCCUCUGCACUCCACCCAUGGCAUGUGCUGUGGUUGCUGUGGAAACUCCCUAUUUGGCUAGUGAGUAUAGACGUGACAUCACUCCUUCUGAUGCUGGCACCGAUACGUCCUAAGCAGGGCAAAGCAAAGAAUACCUUGGGAAGAGCGGAGGGCGGCCUGGAGGUGGAUGUUACACAAAGAGUAAAAACCACAAAGCGGCGCUGCAAGAGGAAAGGUAAGAAAACUUUAUAUAUUACAUUGAAUACACCAUGUAUACUUGUGAUAUAUGGUGUAUUCAAUGUACACGGGAGCGAUUUUAAAGUUUUUUUUUUUUCUUUUUUUUUUCAUAACAGGUCCACUUUAAAAUGCAGUAUGCAAUACCCAUAGUUUACACAAUCUGUCUGAGCUGAAUAUCUGCUUGUGUUUCCUCAGACACACAGGGCCCUCCAAAAGGUGCAAUCAGCUGACUUAAGCUUCCGAAGAAUGGUGAAGAGGCUUUUUAAGGAUGAAGAAUUUUGUAAGAGUUACAUGAAUGUGAGUAAACUCGGGUGUUCACUACUUGCAAAAGAAGUUAGUAUCACAUUUUAACUGCUCUUGGUAAAUAAAAUGUUGUGUGUUGUGCAGGAACAAGUUGCCCUAGACUAUGGAGAACCAUUUGUUGCUAUGCUUCAGAAUCUUAUGAGAGAAUUUUUAGUCAGACUCAACAGUGCCUUAUCUGAAGAUAAAAGCCAAAAGGUAUAUUAACACACUAUACUCUGCCUCUAUACCUUAUCACAGUGCUUUUAGGUCACAUUUUAUUUUCACUUACUCUGUUAUCUAUUGGCUAGCCCCUAAUUGAGGGUCAUUGCCUUUAUCACUCUGUUAAGCACAGUCAAAACAUUACUAUUUUGUGUUAUUUUAAUGCAUGCAAAUGUUUGUGUUUUUUUGUUAAAGGACCACUAUAGUGCCGGGCUCUAGGGGGAGGAAGGGGUUCAACUUACCUCUUUCUCCAGCGCUGGGUGGGGAGCUCUCCUCCUCCCUCUUCUUCCGUCACCAGCUGAAUGCGCAUGCGCGGCAAGAAUCCGCACGCGCAUUCAGCCAGUCCAUAGGAAAGCAUUCUCAAUGCUUUCCUAUGGACGCUGGCGUCUUCUCACUGUGAAAAUCACAGUGAGAAGCACCUCUAGCAGCUGUCAAUGAAACAGCCACUAGAGGCUGGAUUAACACAUAGGUAAACAUAGCAAUUUCUCAGAAACUGCUAUGUUUACAGAAAAAAGGGUUAAUCCUAGCUGGACCAGGCACCCAGACCACUUCAUUAAGCUGAAGUGGUCUGGGUGCCUAUAGUGGUCCUUUAAAGUUUCCCUUCGUUUUCAUACAUAAUAUCGACUUAUGCAAAAUGUCUCUUAACUAAAGAAUUUUUUAAAAUAUAUAAUUUGUUGUUUUUAAAUGAUUAUUUCCUGAACUCUGCGAGUGUAAUGCUGGUGGCAGCCAAACCGUUAAAGCUUGUUAGAAUAACUCUUCCCUUACUUGCUCCACAAUGAUCUAAAUAAGUGUCAGAGCACUUGGAUCAUUAUGAUGGACCUAUAAGAUAAGCAAUUUAUUUCUAUCACUCACUAUAAGUGCUGGGCAGAUGCCAGUUAGUCACAGCCUACUUUAAUUUUCAAUUAUAAUAUGAUACCGCACUCAAAAUUUAGAUGCCAAAAAAAACCCUCACUGUUUAUGCUGUGAUUAUAACAGGUUAUAUAGAAGUAACCCUGGCACUCAAUAUACACACUAUCACAUAAAUAAAGGGGUAAUUCCCAAAAGGACAGCUCUCACCAGGUUGAAGAUCCUUUGCUGUAUGUAAAUAGAUGGAACUGUGAUAUUGGUGAUGCUUGUGCAGAUCUGUAGUAUUUGAGAUGUCUGUCAUGAAGCUGUUCCUGAGGGAUGCCUGGGCUGUUGCAAGCUUCAAGCAACUUUAUUUAUAAUUAAACUAUAUACAUUAUCAGAAGGGCCUUAAAACCCAUCUCUUCAGGAAAGCUUAUGGCCUCCCAGAGUAAUCUCUACCUUACAUACCUGUCUCCUGCUCUCUCCUAUGGGACAGUGCUUUGCUCUCUCCUCCAGCUCUGCUUCACUCCUACUUGAUAUUUCCUGUCCGAAUGUUUCUAAUACCCUACCUCCUAUAGUCUGUAAGCUUGUUUUGAGCAGGGUCCUCUUCAACCUAUUGUUCCUGUAAGUUUUCUUGUUAUUGUCCUAUUUAUUGUUACAUCCCCCCUCUCAUAUUAUUGUAAAGCACUACGGAAUCUGUUGGCGCUAUAUAAAUGGCAACAAUAAUAAUAAUUAUCGCAACAAUCAAUUCCAAUAUGUGUAAAUUGUUUUGUAUUAGAUCAUCUGGGAGAAUAUUAGUUUGGCACAAUUGUAAAUAUUCUCCAUACAAAAGGUCAUUAUGGAAACUCUACCGUAAUGGGAUGUUCCCAUGUGUGUUAAGGGCAAACAUAGAAUGUGACAGCAGAUAAGAACCAUUCAGCCCAUCUAGUCUGCCCAAUAUUUCAAAAUACUUUUAAUUAGUCCCUGGCCUUAUCGUAAGUCUAGGAUAGCCUUAUGCCUAUUCCACGCAUGCUUAAACUCACUCCUCCUCAAAUUCAAAUGGCACACUGACCGCAGUCCACUCUUUCAAAUACUUGGGUAUGAUGUUAGGCCCCAAUCUAUCUUUUGGCCUCACAUAGAAAAACUUGCAUCUAAACUUUAUCCAAAACUAGGUGCCCUGUACAGAAACAAAUCCUGCAUAAGCCCUACAGUAAAGGAAAAGAUUGUACAGCAAAUGGUGAUCCAAUCAUUGAUUAUGGGGAUGUAGUAUAUGCAUCUGCACCUCAAUACAUUGUAUAACUCGUUCUGCCAAUUUAUGCUACAAUGUAAUUACAGGACCCACCAUUGUGACAUGCUAAAAGAACUAAACUGGCUGUUGCUGGAAUCCAGACGCACCCUUCAUAUUUCCAGCCUUGUGUUUAAGAGCUUUUCUGGGAAACUCCCACCCUACCUGAGCAAAAUGCUCUCCUCAGCUUUUUCCACCUCCUAUAACCUCUGAUCCAGUACCAGCACUUUAUUUAGUCUACCUCAAUACCAAAAGAAAGCGGCCCGAUCCUCCUUCUCCUCCAGAGCACCGCAAUUGUGGAACGAUCUCCCGCACACUUUAAAAUCUUCCCAAAGCCUAGAGUCCUUUAAGAGAUCCCUCUCUACAUACCUCAAAACAGUAUGCACGUGUCAUGGGUGAUUAUAUAUUUCCUACCUGUUCUAUGGUAAAUUUCUUAUAUAUUGUGUAUUAAUAUUGUUUUUGUAUUUUAUUGUACCCUAAUGUAACAAUGCAAUGUUUUGUGGACCCAGGACAUACUUGAAAACAAGAGAAAUCUCAAUGUAUCUUUCCUGGUAAAAUAUUGUAUAACUAAUAAUUGUGUUAACCUCUACCACUUCAGCUGGAAGGCUAUUGCAUGCAUCAACUACCCUCUCAGUAAAGUAAUACUUCCUGAAAUUAUUUUUAAACCUUUGCCCCUCUAAUUUAAGACUAUGUCCUCUUGUUGUGGUAGUUUUUCUUCUUUUAAAUAGUCUCCUCCUUUACUGUAUUGAUUCCUUUUAUGUAUUUAAAUGUUUCUAUCAUAUCUCCCCUGUCUCGUCUUUCCUCCAAGCUAUACAUGUUAAGAUCCUUUAACCUUUCCUGGUAAGUUUUAUCCUGCAAUCCAUGAACCAGUUUAGUUGCCCUUCUCUGAACUCUCUCUAAAGUAUCAAUAUCCUUCUGGAGAUAUGGUCUCCAGUACUGUGUACAAUACUCCAAGAGAGGUCUCACCAGUGUUCUGUACAAUGGCAUGAGCACUUCCCUCUUUCUACUGCUAAUACCUCUCCCUAUACAACCAAGCAUUCUGCUAGCAUUUCCAGCUGCUCUAUUACAUUGUCUUCCUACCUUUAAGUCAACUGAAAUAAUUACUCCUAAAUCCCUUUCCUCAGAUGUUAAGGUUAGUAGGGUAUCAAAUAUCCUAUACUCUGCCCUUGGGUUUUUACGUCCAAGGUGCAUUAUCUUGCACUUAUCCACAUUAAAUGUCAGUCCCCUCUCCAAAUGAGUUUGCCAUGAGCUCCUGGAGGAGCCUGCUUGCCAGCCUCCUGCCCACAGACUAUGGGUCCUGCAGGGAAACCUGUAAAAGACUACCAAACUUGACCAACCGUUAGCACUGAUUUCAUGGAACAGUUUUAGGCAUAGGACCAUGUGCACGGUCGGUCAAAAUUAUGACUUCCAGGAAAUUCCUGAACCCCUGAAUCGAUCUGGGACCAAACUUCUGGAAUAAAAGGGAAUCAUGACAAGUCACACAUGUCAUGUGUCCUUAUGGGGUUAAGGUACUUUUUGGGGUUUCAUAAAAUUUAAUUUUAUUUCUGUGCUUAGAGAUAAUUAGAUUACAUUAGUACAGUUCCUAAUUCAAUGAUCUCACAAGCACAGAGGAGGGAUUCUAUUGCUUGUGUAUGGGAGGGUCUCACUGUAUGACUCUGUUUUAUUGGUUUAUUCACUUUGUGUCCCUGUGCCCAACAAGGUCCACCUGGGUGAUGCCCUUGUUGGGAAACUUGCAUAAAAGGCCAGUGUGCCUCCAUUAAAAUCUAUUCCAGCUUACACUCUAAAACUGUGUGUCGUCCUGUUAUUGGAGGGAAAGAAAAUUUACUCCUGUGUUUGCUGUUCAAGCUUGCAGGAGAUUCAACGGGGAAAGUCCUUGUAAGGACUAGAGCUAAUUCCCCAUUCGGCUCCAGGAAGGAGCGGUUCCAGGGCCCCUGUCAAGCCACAGUGACUGUGGGCAGAAGUGCUGCGGUUUGUCCCCUGUUCCAGCUAGGAAGCGGUCCUCUGGCAGAGGUACCCAGCCGGGGUACAGGGAUGUCCAUUACAGUAACUAAGACCCCAAAUACCUAGGAUAUACACAUCCACUUGUUAGUAUUGUAAUGAAGUACAUCAAUGGAAUAUUGUACUCAAGCAGAGAUAGAACUCUCUUUACAGGCAAUUAAGGGUAGACACUCCCGCAUAUGCGGUUUAAGAUCAAAUCAUUAUAAAGAAGCAUACACACCAGCAGUGUCAUAUGUGAAAAUGUAUGUGGUGUCAUCUAGUGGGAACCCCGCUUCUUGUCGGGUAGCGGAUCGUAAAAGGUCAACAAAGUUGAGGGUAUAGGGAGAGUUUGAGAACCAAUCGGACCAAUCCUGGUCAGAACUGUACACUGUAUGGUGGGCAUAAUAUACCUUAUUAAGAAAUUAUCAAUUAGAGAAAUAAUGACAUAUUUUCAAAGUGGCAUUUGUACUAUACAGUAGAUAUAUGAUAGACUUCAGUCUUGAUAUUCUUGGUUAUAGACUAAACGCGUAGACUCCUGGUCUAUCUCCUUCAUACUUUGAACUCCUUCACCCGUCAGCAAAUCCCUGCUACAGAAUCAGGCAGUGGUUUAGAACCAGCCGAAGUGGUCACACACAACUUACCUUUGGUGGGCAGAUUAGCAUGCGCCCACAUCCUGGCGUGAGGUACAGCGGACAGGGUAAGUUGCUCUAGCUUAUCCCAAGAGUUUCUUCAGACUUGGGGUCCCAGUGCAGCUCCCUUAGCUGGCAUUUAUCGGUCUGGUGGGUUUUAGAGCACCCUGCCCGCCGGGGGGGUGUGUGUGUGUAUAUAUGUAUGUGUGUGUGUGUAUAAUUUUAUCGAUCUAUUUACCAUCUUAUUGAAGAGUAGAAUUAUUCUGUUUAUCUCUGAAUUUGGGAAAUUUUUAGUGUAGGGGCCCCACACUUAACAGCAGGUAACUGUCCGUUCAGAGUUCUCACAGAUUUUUUUAUUAGUUAUGCUAUUAUUGAUUUAAUGUUUUAUGUGUCAGAUUUUUAGCGAUGAGAUUGACCUAAAUGUCAUUGGGUAACUAUAUGACCGUGUAUAUUGAUUUACUUGAAUAGAGAUAUUGCCUAUUCCUGUUAUUUUCACAGAGAUAAUAAAAAGCUUGUUUGUUGUAAUAUUUUUAUUAUCCUUUUCCUUAAGAUUGAGGGUUUAUUUAGAUAUAAGGGUAUCAAGCCUUCGUUACAUUCCCCUAAAAUAGUUGGUGAUAAGCAUAAUAAUACACUGUUACUAUCUUAAGAGUGGUGAAACAUUGUAUCUUUAUAUAUAGACACAUUAUUUAGUUUAUUGCUGCUGGAGCUCUGUUCGAGAAAGGUGACAAUUAUUUUAUUUUUGGAGCACUCACAUUUUGGUAUUAUUUGUUCAUAUAAAUGUAUGAACUUACACUGAUGUAUAUUAUGACUAUUAUGAACUUUGAGACAUUCCUUGACUUCACAUGAUAUAUAUAUUUUUUUCUUUUUCUCCUCCCCCCUUUUUUUUCUUCUCAAUUUUUCAUUUUUUACUACUUCAUAUUUUUUGGCCAUUUUCAUUGGUCUUUUGAUAUUGGUUAUUAGAUAACCCAGACAAGUCUAAUCAAAAUCAAGUGGUGUACAUAGAGUGAUUAAGGAAGCAUACUGAAGGGAUCUUUAAUCACUGUUCUAUGUGUUUAAUAAGUUCAGAUACCAAGUUUGUUGUGACUUGGCUAACUGUCAUGCAAACUUACCAUGUAAAUUAUUUAUGUGAUAGUGUGUAUAUUGAGUUAAAGGGUUACUUCUUUAUAACCUGUUAUAAUCACGGAAUAAACCUCGAGGUUUUUGGGUUUUUUUGCAUCUAAAUUUUAAGUGCGGUAUCAUAUAUUAUUAUAGAACGUAGAUAAGGUUGAUUUUUGGAGGGCAACCUUGAUACCAGCAUCGCCUAGGAUAGGAGAGUGCCAAUACAUGUAUUGUUGAUACUUUUAUUUUCACACCAAAUUCUUCAUGAUUCUAUAGCAGUAGCAAGUGAGCAAAACCAUGUUUAAUUUGCAUUAAUUGUUCAUGACUGAAGUUGUCUGUCCUUGCUAAAUUGUAAACUCUCUGGUGUUUGUUAUAAUUCCAGUCACAAUGUGGGCUAUGUAGUGCAAAUAAACUAUAAUGUUGGUGAAGUUCACCUCUCAGUUAGGUUUGCCUAUUAUGCUUCCUCGUCUACUUCCAAUCCCUUCGAAAAACCCUGUUUAUUUUAUCUUGUGUAUCUACAGAACAAUUGACAUUCUAAAAACUGUUUUAAUUAUAUUUAUUUGCAAUAAUUUCAAAUGUUUUUAGGUUCUAUAAUUAUAUUAUUAUUAUUAGUGCUUAAAUUCUCACCUGUUUUCUUGCCUUAAAGGGUCACUCUAUGCACCAAACAAACGUUCGCAUAGCCACAUCUGCCUUGCCUGUGACUAAUACAGCCUUCCUACACACUUCCUGAAAAAGAACCUAAAGUUUUUAGCAUCCCUUAUUGCACAGUGUAUUUCAUUUCUUAUAGCCUGCCAGACCCUCCUGUGUGUGAUUGACAUUCAAUUAACAGAACAAGAGAUAAGAACUUCUAAAGCAGAGGGGGUCAAAAGGUAGAUCCCAGAUGUUUUAAAACUACAGCUUCCAUGAUGCUUUGUCAUUCUAAAGGCUUGAAAAGCAUCAUGGGAGUUGUAGUUCUACAACAUCUAGGGGCACCCUGGUUAUAAAGUAAAGACAAUGUGCUGUAAGAUCUGAUUUGAAAAUGAAACCUUUCUUUUAUGUAGGCUGUGAGAGUCUAUGGCUGCAUUAAUAGAAGUGAUUUAACUCUUAAAUUGCAGAGAACUAAUCAGUGAGGCUGCAGGGAUUUAUGGACCAAAGUGGCUUCAUUUGGCUAAAGUUGUUUUGAUGAUUAGAGCAUUCCUUUAAACAAUUUCAUUUAUUUAUUUUUUGUAUUUGAUUGUGUUGGUCAACUUUAUUAUUUGUUUGUUAUAUAUUGAUUUACUAUUUCCUCUUUUGUUUUCUUGCUUGUCUUCAAGCGCCUAUCAGCUUUAGAGAGUGAUUGUACAUGCACAGAUUCAGUUUCACCAGAAGAAUCUAUAGGUAAGGGUAUAGGUUAGAGAAGUAGAACAUAUGCCGCCCUGCAUUGACUGUCUCUGCAACUUACCCGCCAGUGUUAUCUUAAUGUGUUACUGAUGUUUUCUUGCUACAUUAGAACCCAUAUGUCCCGUAUAGGUUGUCAGCUGGCAUGUCAACUAUUCCUUCUGAGUAACUUGUGACAAGGUGGAAUAUCCUUGUAAUUCAUCUGAUCUUUUCUUUUUUUUUUUUUAAUGUCAUUUUAUUAUGCAAUUUUUUUUCUAAUUAACAAAGAAAUACUUUCUAUAAUACUAUUAACUUUCUUUUGCAAACUUUAAAACAAACCUUAAACAAUAGUACAAGUUAGUUGGAGUGCUGUGUAAUGGGAACAUGCCCUAGGAAGUCCAAUUUAUGAAAUUACUUUACUGACUUAUUGAGAUAGUCAUCUUAAAGUUUGACAAGAUUUAGUAACCCAGGGAGUUAUUAAAUAUGUUCUGGUGCCUGACCGCCUAGAGCAUUCUACACAAAUAUACAGAAUACAGUUUGAUGGAAGAUAGUGUUGGUUUAAACUGAAAAAAUAUCUAUCACUGCUUUUGUUUGCACUAAUCUGGUGACUUGCAUGUUUUUUUUACCAAGAGGUCUCUUAGUUACUCCUUCUAUGGAAAGUAGUAGGGUUGUCUUAGGCAGAUAGUGAUUGCCCUGGUUAAGAAAGUAGGCCGGGCUGUACCGAAAUGAAUGUUUAUGAAUUCCACUAUGGUGCAACCUGGCAAGUUUCCGGGUGACAUACUAACACAUACAUCUUUUCUGUUUGUAGAAUCUCAUUUGGCCAGAUGACAUACUGGUUAUUCCUGUAAUUAAUUUACAUCCUAUAUGAAGAAGAAGAAGAAAAUGUUGAAGAUAAAGGUUUUGAAUCACAUUACUAGCUCUAGGAGGGAUAAGUGACAAAGAAGAUUCAUACAUAAUAAUUCAACUAAACAUAAUAUAUAUAGUUAAAAUGACUGUUUUAUUCAAAAUAAUCCCAUACACUGAAAUGCAACAAAAAAAAACAACAGCUUUUGGUCCUAACACUGGAAUGCACAAAGUGUGGUGGAUUUUGAUAUGUAUUAUAAGAAGUGAGAGGCAGCAACUAAAACCGUGAAUAUUUUAAAACAUGCAAGUGGGAGCGAACCGGAGUUAGAAAUAGUUCAGUGUCCCAGUGUGGUCAUGUCACCACAUGCUGAGUUUAAACACUUAACAGCAAGUUCCAUGUUUGUUUAAUUGUAGAAGCUCACCAUUGAGUUCAUACUUAACUUCGCUACGUCUGCCCUGCCAUCUGUAGCGAAAAAUAGCUGCGUUACAAACUCUUGAGUAAAAUCAGUGCAUGUCUGUUAAAUGAAUAUGCCUAUUCAUUUUUUCACUAGCUUCUGAGUAUUUUAAUGCAGUCCUAGGUUUAGGUAGUUUGCAUUCCUAGUAGUACUUGGAGAAGCACAAAUGGCACUUUAGAAGUUAGCUUUAAAAGAACACUCCAGACACCAAAACCACUACAGCUUGUUGUGUUUUUGGAGCCAAGAGGGCCUUGGUGCCAUCCCCCCUUAUCCCCCCCCCUGGGGUAUUCCUUUGAGGUGUAUAUAUUAUUACAAUUAAUUUUGUAUACAUGAUUCUAAGAACCUGGGAUAUCAUUGUUGGUGAAGGCGCAACAAAAGGACACUUUGGUUCAAUGCUUCCCCAUGAGAAGAUUUUGAUUGGAUGAGCGAGGUACAUGCAUCUUACCCCAAACAAGGGCACUGAAUUGGACGAAGUCAGGAAAUCACACUGGGAAGAAAGUUAAAAAAAAAAAAAAGUUUUCACUAUGUUUUAAUGAGCGGUGACGGCAUCUAACUAGUGAUGAGAACACUACAUCUAGUGUAAGGAAUGCAGGCUUGUAUACCUAACGCUAUAGUAUUUCUUUAAAUGGAAUGGCAAUAUUUUAUGAAAUUGAGUAUAUAUGUCUUAAGGCUGUCAUUUUUAGGGGUUGUUAAAUACUGGGUUCAGUUGCUGAGUCACUCUAAUGAAUGUUGUUCUACGACUCAGCUCUUUCAGUUUUGCAGCACCAACAUAUGUGCAAGUAGAACGAAUCCCACCGAGUAUAUCUCGAACUGUUUCUUCCACAUCUCCUCGGUAUGGAACUUCUACUGUUUUCCCCUCGGAAGCUCUACAAGAAAGAUUACUUUUUAGAUAAAUGUUGAAGAUAUGCAGUUAAAUGUCAGUGCGUCUUGGGAUAUAAAACAAUUACUAAAGUGAUAAUUCAAAGUGAAUUGAAAAUUUAAGGUCAAGUUAGCCAAACAAGAAACAUUCUCUACUUAAAUUACCUUUGAAUUCUCACUUUAGAGAUCUGAAAAUAAACCGGAUAUUUGAACAAUAUCAUUACCUGUACUCAGCCACUCCUCCUGCAUGCCUCUUCAUAGCUGUCUCUGAACUCAUACCAUAGAACAGUUUAUAUUUUUUCCCAUUCUUCUCUAUGGUUUCACCUCCGGACUCUGUGUGCCCAGCCAUCAUGCCUCCUAGCAUCACAAAAUCUGCUCCAGCUCCUAAAAUGAAUCGGUCUAUGUCAAGUAACACGUCAAGCAAAAAGUUCCUAAUUCAUC